AUGGGAAGUGCAGGAACACCAGCCUUUGAAGAAGGCACCACCACCACCACCCCAGUAGCAAAGCAGCCUCAGUACGCUAGGCAGAAGUUCAACAGGUGCAGCGGAGAGGCCUGCGGGGUCCUUUUUGCCCCUACUGCCUACUGGGAGGAGUGCCAGGGAAAUGAUUGCUGCCAAGAGGAUUGCAAGCUGAAACCAAACACAGCGUGUUCUUACGGACUCUGCUGUGACAAAUGCAAGAUUGCCCCCGAAGGGAAAGAAUGCAGGGAAGCCGUUUCCGAAUGUGAUUUCCCUGAAUACUGCAAUGGGGUUUCCGCCCAAUGCCCCGUGGAUGUGCACAAGCAAAAUGGGAUGCCAUGCGGCAACAAGGACAUCUGCUAUUCGGGGAAAUGCUUCAAUGUUCACCAGCAGUGCGAAGAUAUCUUUGGCAAAGGUGCAAAAAGUGCUCCGCUGAGUUGCUACAAAAAAGUCAACGUGAGAGGAGAUCGGAUUGGCAACUGCGGCAGGAAUAAAUUGGGGUACAAGAAAUGCAAAGAAGAAGAUGUCCUUUGCGGAAGGAUCCAGUGCGUCAACAUCUAUAAAGUCCCAAGAUUUGCAGUCAAACGUUCUGUAGUUCAGACUCCUAUGGACAAUCUAUUGUGUUGGGGGACAGCUUCCCACAAAGGGGACGACGUGCAUGACGUUGGAGUGAUAGCAGAUGGAUCAGUGUGUGGUGACAACAAGGUAUGCAUCAAAAGAGAAUGCGUUGACCUGAAAGUUCUGAAUUAUGAUUGCAAUUUCACAAGAUGUAACAACCAGGGGUUCUGCAACAGCAACAGGAAUUGCCACUGCAGUUACGGAUGGGCCCCUCCCUAUUGUGCUGGCAGGGGAUUUGGAGGAAGCCUCGACAGCGGCCCCCCUCCGGAACAAAAGAAAACUAGCAAGGUUGCAAUGCUGAGCUCUAUGCUUGGGAUUGGCUUGCUUUUGCUGGCUACUGUUAUAAUGCUCAGGAACUCUAUACAGAUCUGGUAAGCAUAGUCUCCUCCAUUCUUGCUCCAUGGGAUAAAAACAUGUCUGC